AUAUGUCCACGUCGCAAUUUGUAAACAAUAGUCAAUACACUGUUAUCUGUCCAUUUCUUCAACAGUUUGCAUGUUCCAAAGCAAGGCAAUAUACUUGCAUUUGUCCAAUAUUUCAGAUACUUAAUAUGUCAUCUUUUUUAUGUUGAGGAUGUUACAGCGAAGACGACGUCAAUGUGUGGUUUGGAUAAUUGGAUUCGUCAUUUUGCUAGCAGUGGUUGUUUCGCUGAAAUCAGCAUACAAUUUCUAUGUUUACAGGCAGCUGGUUUCGAAAUUAAAACCAGGAGAGCACGUUGUGGAUCUUGGAAGCUUUAACCCCCAAACUUUCAUGAAGAAGGUAAAGCCAGAUUGGGACAUAAUGAGGAAUUCAGAGUUCCCAAAUGCCAGCAUACCUUAUGGCAGGAUGGUACCAGACACACGACCUUCCAAUUGCAUGCUGAAGUCUUUACAGCUGAUCAGCCUCCCUGAGGCCAGUGUCGUCAUGGUUCUGCAAGGUGAACCCAGGCAUACUGUCUUCAGGACAAUAUACAGCAUUCUGUUGCGAACACCACCUGAGCUUCUGAGGGAAAUUGUUGUCAUUGACGAUGCUAUAGAGGAUGUUGCAAUGGGAUCAUUGUUGUCAAGGAUACCAAAAGUGAAGGUCACAAGGAAUUCCAAAAUGGAAGGUAUGAUAAAGUCCAUGAAUACUGGUGCCAACCUUGCUGUGUCCCCAAUCUUGAUCUUUGUGACCUCUAAAUGCGAGGUGAACGUACACUGGCUGCAGCCCCUACUACAGCGUCUUGUGCACAACAAUCCAGCAGGAGUGGUAGCCCCUGUACUGGAUACAAUCUCCUCAACUGGAGAGUAUUCACCCAAUGAAGAGCUCGCAAGGGCAGGGUUUGACUGGAGUUUGUCUAGCAAGCUGGAGGGAAAUGCAAUUGGGGAACAGGUGUUCAGUUCGCCAAUUUACCGUGGUCAUGUGUUUAGCAUUGGACGAGAGAGAUUCCUGAAGCUAGGCAAGUUUGAUCCAGGGUUUGAAUCGUACGGAGGUGAAAAUAUUGAGCUGUCCCUUAAGACCUGGCUAUGUGGAGGGAGGGUGGAGAUUCACACCUGCAGCAGGAUAGGACAGAUACACGUGGAGGAGGAGCUGACUGGCCUGCGCAGGGGACACGAGAACAUCUACCUGAGGAAUGUGAAGCGAGUGGCAGAGGCCUGGCUGGAUGACUACAAGAGAUUCUUCUACUACACGAAGCCCUUUGCACGCAUGGUCAAUGCAGGAAGUAUAGCAGAAAGAAAGUCACUGCGCCAGCAUUUGAAAUGCCAAACGUUCAAAUGGUACAUGGACAAUGUCUACAUAGAACUUAGACCCCCUGUUACUGAUGAAAUCAUGUUUGGGACGAUCCGCCAGCAGGACUUUUGUGUUGAUAUCGAGAUAGGUCACGUUCCAGCAGUCGCAAAAUUAGUGCCUUGCAACCCUGAUAAGAGUGCACAGGACUGGUCAUUCAAGAAGAAAGGGGAGAUAACAAGUGGUGGGAUGUGUCUGUCAGCUGAUCCCAUUGAGACCCAUGGCUAUGUGAUGGUUCAUUUCUGCACCAAUCUGCCGUCACAGAAGUGGCUGUUCCUGGAUGGUCAGAUAUUUCGGGAGGGGACGGACCAGUGUCUCGACAGCCACAAGGCAAAUGUGGCCCUCGUGAUCGCUGAGUGUGAUGAGCAGUAUGUCAGCCAGAGGUGGAGGGUCGUCGAUAAGUCACAGCAGUCAAGGUCAAAGGACGAGGUCUGAAUUAGGGUCAAAAGGUCGUGGGCUUAUAUAUAUAUAUUAAUAGCUGCAAAGAGAAGGUUUGAAGAACCUGUUCACUUAAAACUAUUAUAUCCAUUUUUCAAUAGCAUAAGUUCUGAAAUAAGUAAAUCACAUUUAUUACACUGAUUUUUUUUUUCGAUUCUAAGCUAAGCAUUUAAUUUAGUUUUUGUUGGAAAUAAAUUAUACAAUUUAUAAUUAUCAAAUUGUUAUUAGAAAACCAAUUUUAAUGUGCUUUUGGUGCUUUAAUCGAUAAAAUUUUGAUCAGAAACUAGUUUUGCAAAUUUGAAUUUUUGAAAGGGGAGUAAUGCUUUCAGGGACAAAGUUUUUGGUUAAAAAGCCAUGGACUGGAAAGAAACUCUUCAUGCUAAGAGAGUGAUUCUAAGUCAGAAAUAUGAGUUGUGUUCUGAGAAAACUGGGCAUAAAGCUUGUCCCAGGGACGACACUUUCCGCCUAAAUUGGAUUUUUGCCAAGACGAGACUUCAUUUAAAUGAAAAAUGUCAUAAAAGCGGAAAGUGUCGUCACUGAUUAGCCUGUGCGGACUGCACAGGCUAAUAUGGGACGACACUUUACGCACAUGCAUUAUGCCCAGUUUUCUCAGAACACGCCUCAUAUGAAUUUACUGAAGGUCAGAUAUUUAAUAUUAAGUAAGCAACAGUAAUUCUAAGUCAGGAGUAAAACUUUGUCGAAUAAUGGCUGUAUUUGUAUACUGGUAUUCAAAAAAUUAUUUAUUUUAACUUGUGCUUGUUGAAUGAUUCAUCCUGCUUCUAGUCAGAUGGUAUAUUAUCUUUAGAAUAUCUGUCUUUGUUGAGGUAUAGUAAACAUAUUAUUUUGAAUAUCUUGGCGUUUUUUUUGUGUUAGAUUUUAUAUAAUGAAUUAAAGCAUUUAAUUGGUAUUGUUGGUAAUGUAUCAGAUAGUUUGCUUGGUUUAACAGAAAAUUACAAGUAUGAUGAUUACGUACUCAGACAGUUUUGUUUAUCAGACAUGCAACAAACAGAAUCCUCACGAUUUAUAAAUUUAUUUGUAAUUGAUAGAAAAAUACGUUUUUUAAAUUUAUUUUUUAAAUCGUGAAUAAAUACAUAAACAAAAUACUUUUGAAGUAGCCUAUAAGUUGUUUUUUUUACAUUACUUCACAUAUAGAUGUCAACUUUAAACAAAAGAUUUUAAAUAAUGAAUUUUAAGUUAAUUAUUUUAAUUAAUGACAAAACAUUAAUAAAGGAGAAAGAAUCAGAUGACCAAUUACAAAUAAAUAUUUUAUAUUUUUGUAUAAACUUUUGCUGUCCGUCCAUUUACAUAUACAAGGCCAUAUGACACAUUUGGUGUUGCUCAUGAAUGUGACAAAAUGAUCUUCCAUUAUUCUUGGAUACACUUUUAUUGUUAUUUUGCCAAAAUUUACAGUGCAAUAUUUAUAUAAAAGGUUUUGUUGUUUUUUACUUUGUUUUUGUAUUAAUUUUAUUUGUACGAAGGCUGUCCCACAACUCCUGAAAUGCUAUUAACCAUGUUGGCACAGAUAUGAACUUUUAAAUACAUGUUUCUCAGCAAAUGCAUGUAGAUUAUUUACAAUAUUUGGUAAAAAUAUAUUGUUAAUAGUGCAAGUAAUUGAUUUAAUAGUAGCAUACUACUUGCUUACACCGCGUACAGUUUUUUUAUGUUGUAUUAAGUAAGUUAACAAAAGCUCCUUGCUCUAAAGCGCAUGUAGGCAUAUUUUGUAUACAGAUGCACUGGACAGUCAACAAAAACAAAAUGGCAGCUCUAGUGGAACACAUGGCGCAGAUGACAUCAUUAAGUUCUGGUAAUGUCAAAAGGACGUUUACAAAUAUGUUUUAUAGCACAUAUACACAUAUGUUAUAUAUAAAAAUAUAUACGCCAGUGUUAAGAACUUUGAAACCCAAUAACAAUUUUCAGACAUAUGUACUGACUGACGUUAAACUUUUGAAAACCAUGUACAAUUUAUGUCAUUGGUGCUAGCAUUUACCAAUAUUGGCUAUUGCUCAUUUAGAAAAUAUCUGUUGGUCUAGACAAAUCAAUUUUACUAUUCUUUUUUAAGUUCUAAAUUCUAAGAUAGUAAAGUUUGAAUAAUUGUUGUAUAGCCACCUAUCAUGUAUUCAUACAUUUGCUGAUGCCUUCAAACAUGGUUUGAUGGUUAUAAUGUUGCUAUUGUAAAAUGUCUUUGGUGUGUAAUAUUAUAAAGAUCUCAAUCAAGUUUGCUUUAUAUUUAAUUAUACCCCCACAAACGAAGUUUAGGGGGGUAUAUAGGAGUAAGCUUGUCGUUCUGUCGGUCGGUCCGCAUUAAGUGUCCACUCUCUAUUUCAAGUAGUUUUCAUCCGAUCUUCACUAAACUUGGUCAGAAGUUGUAUCUACAUGAUGUCUAGGCUAAGUUCGAACAUGGGCCUUGUCGGGUCAAAAACUAGGUCACGAUGUCACUUAGUGCGUUUUAAACAAUUAGCAUGUUGUCCAUUCUCUAUUUCAAGUAGUUUUCAUCCGAUCUUCACCAAACUUGGUCAGAAGUUGUAUCUAGAUGAUCUUAAGGCCAAGUUCGAACAUGGGCCUUGCCGGGUCAAAAACUAGGUCUAGGGGUCACUUAGUGCGUUUUACACAUUGAGCAUGGUGUCCGCUCUCUAUUUCACGAAGUUUAAAUCCGAUCUUCACCACACUUGGUCAGAAGUGGUAUCUAGAUGAUGUCUAGGCCAAGUUCAAACAUGGGUCUUGUCGGGUCAAAAACUAGGUCACGGGGUCACUUAGUACGUUUUACACAUUGAGCAUGGUGUCCCCUCUCUAUUUCACGAAGUUUAAAUCCCAUCUUCACCACACUUGGUCAGAAGUUGUAACUAGAUGAUGUGUAGGUCAAGUUCCAACAUGGGCCAUGCCAGGUCAAAAACUAGGUCACGGGGUCACUUAGUGUGUUUUAAACCUCACCAUGUUGUCCGCUCUCUAAUUCAAGUAGUUUUUUUAUCCAAUCUUCACCAAAAUUAGUCAGAAGUUGUAUCUUGAUAAUGUCUAGAGCAAGUUUGAAUAUGGGUUAUGCCGGGUCAAAAACAAGGUCACGGGAUCACUUAGGGCGUUUUAAACAUCACAAUGUUGUCCGCUCUCUAAUUCAAGUAGUUUUUUAUCCAAUCUUCACCAAAAUUGGUCAGAAGUUGUAUCUUGAUAAUGUCUAGAGCAAGUUUGAAUAUGGGUUAUGCCGGGUCAAAAACAAGGUCACGGGGUCACUAAGGGCGUUUUAAACAUCACAAUGUUGUCCGCUCUCUAAUUCAAGUAGUUUUCAUCAGAUCUUCACCAAACUUGGUCAGAAGUUGUAUCUAGAUGAUCUUAAGGCCAAGUUUGAACAUGGGCCUUGUCGGGUCAAAAUUUAGGUCACGGGGUCACUUAGUGCGUUUUAAACAUUCAGCAUGUUGUCCGCUCUCUAAUUCAAGUAGUUUUCAUCCGAUCUUCACCAAACUUGGUCAGAAGUUGUAUCUAGAUGAUGUCUAGGUCAAGUUCGAACAUGGGCCUUGCUGGGUCAAAAACUAGGUCACGGGGUCACUUAGUACGUUUUACACAUUCAGCAUGGUGUCCACUCUCUAUUUCAAGUAAUUUAAAUCCGAUCUUCACCACACUUGGUCAGAAGUUGUAACUAGAUGAUGUGUAGGUCAAGUUUGAACAUGGGCCAUGCCAGGUCAAAAACUAGGUCACGGGGUCACUUAGUGUGUUUAAAACCUCACCAUGUUGUCUGCUCUCUAAUUUAAUUAGUUUAUAUCCAAUCUUCACCAAAAUUGGUCAGAAGUUGUAUCUUGAUAAUGUCUAGGUCAAGUUUGAAUAUGGGUCAUGCUGGUAAAAAACAAGGUCACGGGGUCACUUAGGGCGUUUAAAACAUCACAAUGUUGUGUGCUCUCUAAUUCAAGUAGUUUUCAUCCAAUCUUCACCAAACUUGGUCAGAAGUUGUAUCUAGAUGAUGUCUAGGUCAAGUUUGAAUAUGGGUCAUGCCGGGUCAAAAACUAGGUCACGGGGUAUCUUAGUGCAUUUAAAACCUCACUAUGUUGUCCGCUCUCUAAUUCAAGUAGUUUUCAUCCAAUCCUCACCAAACUUGGUCACAAGUUUUAUCUAAAUGAUCUCUAGGACAAGUUUAACAUUGGGCCAUUCCGGGCCUAAAACUAGGUCACGGGUCACUUAGUGCGUUUUUUAACAUCCAGCAUGGUGUCCGCUCUCUAUUUCACGAAAUUUAAAUCCGAGCUUCACCACACUUGGUCAGAAGUUGUAACUAGAUGAUGUGUAGGUCAAGUUCCAACAUGGGCCAUGCCAGGUCAAAAACUAGGUCACGGGGUCACUUAGUGUGUUUUAAAACCUCACCAUGUUGUCCGCUCUCUAAUUCAAGUAGUUUUUUAUCCAAUCUUCACCAAAAUUGGUCAGAAGUUGUAUCUUGAUAAUGUCUAGAGCAAGUUUGAAUAUGGGUUAUGCCGGGUCAAAAACAAGGUCACGGGGUCACUUAGGGCAUUUUAAACAUCACAAUGUUUAGUGCUCUCUAAUUCAAGUAGUUUUCAUCAGAUCUUCACCAAACUUGGUCAGAAGUUGUAUCUAGAUGAUCUUAAGGCCAAGUUCGAACAUGGGCCUUGCCGGUUCAAAAUUUAGGUCACGGGGUCACUUAGUGCGUUUUACACAUUCAGCAUGUUGUCCGCUCUCUAUUUCAAGUAGUUUAAAUCCGAUCUUCAACACACGUGGUCAGAAGUUGUAACUAGAUGAUGUGUAGGUCAAGUUUGAACAUGGGCCAUGCCAGGUCAAAAACUAGGUCACGGGGUCACUUAGUGUGUUUAAAACCUCACCAUGUUGUCCGCUCUCUAAUUUAAUUAGUUUAUAUCCAAUCUUCACCAAAAUUGGUCAGAAGUUGUAUCUUGAUAAUGUCUAGGUCAAGUUUUAAUAUGGGUCAUGCCGGGUAAAAAACAAGGUCACGGGGUAACUUAGGGCGUUUAAAACAUCACAAUGUUGUUAGCUCUCUAAUUCAAGUAGUUUUCAUCCAAUCUUCACCAAACUUGGUCAGAAGUUGUAUCUAGAUGAAUGCUAGGUCAAGUUUGAAUAUGGGUCAUGCCGGGUCAAAAACUAGGUCACAGGGUAUUUUAGUGCAUUUUAAACCUCACUAUGUUGUCCGCUCUCUAAUCCAAGUAGUUUUCAUCCAAUCCUCACCAAACUUGGUAACAAGUUUUAUCUAAAUGAUCUCUAGGACAAGUUUAAACAUGGGCCAUUCCGGGCCUAAAACUAGGUCACGGGUCACUUAGUGCGUUUUUUAACAUUCAGCAUGGUGUCCGCUCUCUAAUUCAAGUAGUUUACAUCGAUCUUCACCAAAUUGGUCAGAAGUUUUAUGGAGAUGAUCUAAAGGCCAAGUUGAAACAUGGCCUUUCUGGGUCAAAAACUAGGUCAAGGGGUCACUUAGUGCGUUUUAAAUAUUGCACAUGAUGUCCGCUGUUUUUUGUGAAGACGACAUGCAAAAUAUUCUGUGUCAAUGCGGCAUGUGGGGGUAUUCGUCACGUCUGUGACAAAGCUCUAGUUUGUUGUUGGAGACAUAUUAAUGCGGAGAAUUGCCUUGAACAAGUACCAUAACCGUACACUUUCUUAAGUAAGAGUUAGUAGCCUCUUAAGUUGUUGUAUGAUGUAACUUUUUAGGGCUAUAUCUCAGACAUUAAUACACAAUUUCAACAUGAAACUUCUUAGAUAACAAGGAGGAGAAUUGCAAUUCAUAAAAUCAAAUACACUUUACUUUAUGAUAUGUUUAAGGAUUAUUAUUAGAAAUAUAUUUUUGAAGUUUUGUUAAAAAUCUGCAUAUUGUCUUCUUUUUUUUUCAACCAUAUUGUAUUGUUAAUCUUGUUCUGUAUCUAUUUCCAGCGUUAUUCUGGGACAGACUUCAUUUUUGUUUAUCUUCUUAAGUUAAAUGGUUCGUUGAUUAUACUAUGUAUUUAGUUUGUGAAAAUAUACUAUACACAAGUAUUAAACAUAAGCAUGUGGUAUCAUUUAGUCAUAUUUAUUGUGAUAUUAUUUUGUGUGUUUUAAAUAUGUGACUUAUUUCUUGACAAUCAAUUAUAUUAUAAGUAUUUUAAUAUUGCGUAUUUUAUGCGCCCCAAACGGCAGGCAUAUAGAAAUUGCAUCAUCCGUUGUACUUUCAGUAAUUCUGUCCUGCUUCUUGUAUGGAGCAUAACUUUUUGAAGCGAUUCAAAUAAAAGUUCAUAUAAUUGUUUAUGGCAUGAACAGGAACUGCAGAGUAUUUAAUAAAUAGGUAAAACUUGUCGAUGUUUCCCAACAUUGAUGGUUUUAAUUACAGUUUUUAGUCAAAACAUAUACCGUUACUUUGGUGGGAUUGGACACUUACGAUGACAGCGCUCGUUCAUCAUGAUGGUGAGCUUUUGUGAUUGUCAUUUGUCUACUUGUCUUUGAUAACACAAUUUUUGUGUAGAAUCUUUUUAAAAAUGGUUCAUGUGGAGUCAAAAAUCUGAAAAUAAUGAAGGCCAAGCUUGAGAACAUGCAAACUUACAUAUUUUUCCCAUGAAGCUUUGUUGACAGUUGUCUUAAUGACAUCUUAAUGUUAGAAAAUGGUGCAACAUAGUUGUUAACCCUUUGCAUGCUGGGAAAUUUGUCGUCUGCUAAAAUGUUGUCUGCUGAAUUUCUUAAAUUAGCUUUUUCUUUGAUUUUUUUCAAAGAAUACUAUCAGAAUAGCAAACAGUUUGGAUCCAGAUGAGACGCCACGUUCUGUGGCGUCUCAUCUGGAUCCAAACUGUUUGCAAAGGCCUUCAAAAUUCGGUUCCAGCAUUGAAAGAGUUAAACAUUACCACCAAACAUUACCACCUAGAGGGAGGUUAUUUCACUACAAUUGCUUUACAAAACAAAAACUGUUCAACACUGAAAGUUAACAAGUCAUACUUUUACAUAUGAACUUGAAACUUGGUUACUGGUAAAAAACUAUGCAUAAAGUUGAUUAACAAUCAUCGUACAAAGUCACAUUUAUUGGCCAACUCUGGUUAAACCUAGGGUCACAUGUACUGGUAUUGCACAAUCUUUAUAAAACCUGUUGCAAUGAUAUCUUGCCCCUAGUUCUCCUGUGAGUUCAAAAACAGAAUAAUUUGUUAAAAAUGAACAACAGCUGGUUAACACUCUAACUUUGCUUACCUUGAGGCAAAACUUAAUAUUUGCAUCUAUGAGUUUUUGUUGAAUUCACAAUUAUUGGGUCCUGUGGGGUCAAAAACCAGGUAAUCUGGAGAGACAACAUUGACUGCCAAUUCUUCAAGAAGCCUGAUCAGAACAAUUUUGUUCUAAUUUUAUCUUACUGAAAUGUAAACUUCAGGGGUGUGAUUUCUCCUCCUUUCAACUGAUUUUAAUGUCCAAAUAAUUUUCCGAAUACCGGUAAUUAUAAACUUGGCAGGAUCUAUAUGUAAAUGUAGAGUUCAGUAAAACUGUGGAACCGGGAGGGGGUGGGGUAGGGCAUUUUCCUAAAUAACACCUGUGAAAUUUAGUCCUGUUGUGUCAAAAACGGACCCACCAAUUUGCAACCAUAUGAACCCACUUUGUGAUAAUUUAAGUUUUCUGCCUGGAGCCCUUUAGGGCUUCCUUGUUCAUGAAAUCAAACAAAAGGGAUGCAACAAAUCACUUCCAAAGAAGUUUUUUCUACAUGUUAUGUCCCUUAUGUGUUCCCUUGUCAAAAAGUACGUACAAUUUAAAUUGAUGGUUUACUGCGGUUUAACUAAUUUUUGCCUUACAUUAGUUUACAUUAACAACUUAAACAUGUUAAUGAAUAAUAUGUUCUCAAUGAAGUGUUCUGAUUCUGAUCUGUUUGUAUGCAUGUCUCAUGCAUAUCCAUGUACAUGUAUUUUGUUUUAUUUUAAAUGACAGUAUAGUAUUUACAUAUUAUUGUAACAUGCCCAUAUGUUUGUAUACGAUUUUAUGCUUGCUGUUUAUACUGUCUAAUUUUAGACUAAUGUGUGUACUAAGUAUAUUUUAUUUGACCUUAUUUUAUAUACAGACUUGUUUAUGGUUAUUUUUUACACACAAACUGUUGCUCAUAGUGUCGCUGUUUGAAAUGGUGGUUAUGAUGAUGAAAAUGACAUUGAAAGAAGUCUAGAUGACUAGAAAAAAGUUUACAAUCUGCUCAUAUUUUCUUUCAUAAUAAGGACUUAGUUGCGAAGAUACAAACACGUGGAAGGUUUAAUUAACUUAAUGAGUGUAUUUGUUCUAAUAUGUGUUUUUGGUCUUAACCAUUGUGCAAUGUUUUAUUUCCUUAGUUGUAAAGUUGUAGCUUAUCGAUUGUUUGUAAAAAAAAAUGAUAGGACCUAAAUCCAGUACGAACAAUCUUUAAAUUUUCAUAACCUAUUAAACGAUGAUGAAUAAAAAAAUAUGAUCAGGUACGCAUAAAGUGGAAUUUCAAAUACUUGUAUUGUGUACAACAGUUUUGUAUAUACAAUACAUACACACAAUUUGAGUACUGAACAAAUUAAUUAACAAAAUCUUAUUUAUGGAAGGUACCAUGUGAAGAUUAUUAAUUUGCUAUUAAGCAAUCCUCGUUCAUAAUCAUUCGUUGUUUAAGAUCGUGAAAUUAAAUUUUUGACCUUGAAGUCGUUUAUUGGUGUUUUGGUUUUAAGACGUUUUGGUUUCAAAACACACAAUUAUAAACUGUAUAAUUGAAGGUGUUAUGUAUUGUCUUGUAAUGAUUUAAUGAUCUUCUUGCGUACAUUCAGAUUUAGGUGAAAGGUUCUCUUGAAUACAAAGCUAAGUUGUGUUAUAUUAGGUCAAUUUACGUCAUUUAAUUACUGUCCUGUUGAUUUUAUUGUAUGUCAUGUUAGCACGCAACUAAAAGGAGACUGCAUUUACUCAAGCACUCACGUGAAUCACAGUUGUCUUCCUUUAGUCUGUUUGCAAAAUAAUACGGAGAUUCAAUUAAUUUAAACAAUAUGUUUUUCAAUGGCUUUACAGGUCAUUAUUAUGCCCACUUCGAAGAAGAGGGGGUAUAUUGUUUUGCACAUGUCGGUUGGUCCAUCUGUCGGACGGUCCGUCCACCAGAUGGUUUCCGGAUGAUAACUCAAGAACGCUUAGGCCUAGGAUCAUGAAACUUCACAGGUACAUUGCUCAUGACUGGCAGAUGACCCCUAUUGAUUUUCAGGUCACUAGAUCAAAGGUCAAGGUCACAGUGACUAAAUAGUAAAAUGGUUGCCGGAUGAUAACUCAAGAAUGCUUUUGCCUAGGAUCAUGAAACUUCAUAGGUACAUUGAUCAUGACUGGCAGAUGACCCCUAUGGAUUUUCAGGUCACUAGGUCAAAGGUCAAGGUUACAGUGACUCGAAAUAGUAAAAUGGUUUCCGGAUGAUAACUCAAGAAUGCUUAGGCCUAGGAUCAUGAAACUUCAUAGGUACAUUGACCAUAACUGGCAAAUGACGCCUAUUGAUUUUCAGGUCACUAGAUCAAAGGUCAAGGUCACAGUGACUAAAUAGUAAACUGGUUUCCGAAUGAUAACUCAAGAAUGCUUACGCCUAGGAUCAUGAAACUUCAUAGGUACAUUGAUCAUGACUGGCAGAUGACCCCUAUUUAUUUUCAGGUCACUAGGUCAAAGGUCACAGUGACUCGAAACAAUAAAAUGGUUUCCGGAUGAUAACUCAAGAAUGCUUACGCCUAGGAUCAUGAAACUUAAUAGGAACAUUGAUCAUGACUGGCAGAUGACCCUUAUUGAUUUUCAGAUCACUAGGUCAAAGCUCAAGGUCACAGUGACUCGAAAAAGUAAACUGGUUUCAGGAUGAUAACUCAAGAAUGCUUAGGCCUCGGAUCAUAAUACUUCAUAGGUACAUUGAUAAUGACUGGCAAAUGACCCCUAUUGAUUUUCAGUUCACUAGGUCAAAGGUCAAGGUCACAGUGACUCGAAAUAGUAAUAUGGUUUCCGGAUGAUAACUCAAGAAUGCUUACGCCUAGGAUCAUGAAACUUCAUAGGUACAUUGAUCAUGACUUGCAGAUGACCCCUAUUAAUUUUCAGGUCACUAGGUCAAAGGUUAAGGUCCCAGUGACUUGAAACAGUUAAAUGGUUUCCUGAUGAUAACUCAAGAAUAAUUAGGCCUAGGAUCAUGAAACUUCUUAGGUACAUUGAUCAUGACUAGCAGAUGACCCCUAUUGAUUUUCAGGUCACUAGGUCAAAGGUCAAUGUCACAGUGACAAAAAACGUAUUCACACAAUGGCUGCCACUACAACUGACAGCCCAUAUGGGGGGCGUGCAUGUUUUACAAACAGCCCUUGUUUAUUAUAUGUAAAUGUUAACUCUUGUGUUACUUUUGUAAAGACUCAUUUACUGUUAAAGUAUCUUUUUUAUGCCCCUCGGAUCGAAUGAUCGGGGGUAUAUUGUUUUUGGCCUGUUUUUCUGAAAUUGUAUGUGUCUGUCUGUCAUUGUAUUGUGUGUCUGUCCCAAAACGUUAACCUUGGUCAUAAUUUUUGAAUUGAUGAUAGCAACUUGAUAUUUGGCAUGCAUGUGUAUCUCAUUGAGCUGCACAUUUUGAGUGGUGUAAGGUCAAGGUCAUCCUUCAAGGUCAAGGGUAAAAAUAUAUAGCUUCAAAGCGGGGCAGUAGGGGGCAUUGUUUUUCAUUAACACGGCUCUUGUUUUAAUAUUUUACUGAUCUGAAACCAGUUGUUCAAAACUAUGAUUUCACUUCAGACCCAAUUCAAAUAAAAAAUUAAGCAAUUUUAUUAUCAAACAUAUGCACUUUGUUUCAUACACAAAUAUUUGGUUUACAAAUAACACAUCCAUAUAAGGGUUAGUAAUAACGUCACAUAAACAACUCGAUCCAAAAGUUAACGGCUGUUUUCCUAUCUGGUCCUUAACAUUUUAAGUAACCUGGCCCUGUUUUUGUAUCGAUGACCUGAGUGUAUACGUUUAUAUAGAGCUAUUUGAGACUGUUUUUAUGUUGAAGUAAAAUGUACAUAAUUAUAAAUGCAUGGCUGAACCAUGGAGAAUCAUCCAUGUUUGAAAUGUAAUCCAGGGACAAACACAUUUUGUUUUAUAGGUCCCUGUGUAAUCCUAGUACUAGUUUAAACCGAGUUAAAUGUAGUAUAUACUCACAUGCCAUCGUAAAUAGUAAAAAAUUGAUGUUUAGGUUUUAAAAACAUCAUUAACUUUUAUCGUCGCUUGAAAACAUAUUCUUACAAGAAUCAUCUUCAUACGGAUUGUUGUUUUUGUGUUUAUUCAUAAACUUGUUUAUUGCUUCCUGAGAAUGAUUCUCAAUAAAUGUCCAAUAACUAA